AUGCCAUGGCCCGAGUUCGUUGACCGGCUCACAUGGCGGUUUAACAUCGGCCAAGCGAUAGUACUCUGCACAUCCCAAUUCUACGGGGAACAUCAGCGGGACGAGGAGCAAGUGGAGCUGUUCAUCGCCCACAAAGUACAGUUGUUCCGGCGGAUCGCCCCAAACACGGAUCUGACAUCUGCGCUCCCGACCAUCACCACACUACUACGUGACGAGCUCCAGCCUUUUCUCCACAGCAGCCAACACCUCUCAGUAGAAGACUACGUGCAGCAGGCAGUGGCCACGGAGAAGAACUUGCAGAAAAUCUGGCGGCCAACCCUGGGCCAGCUGUUCCAACUGCAAGACCACCUGCUGCGCAUACCGGUGGAGGUGAAUGGCUUGCGGGCCGCAGCGCUGGUGGACACAGGCGCCAGCCAUGUGUUCAUCACCCCGAGCCUCGUACCACCAGGGGCGCUCCGGCUUCACCAUGCGGAGCUGCGCCUAGCGACCACCACACGACCAGGAGUGACGGUGGGCCAGGCGGAGAUUGAAAUCAGUGUCGAGGCCGCCUUAGCUGGGCUAGGACGGGCCAAGGUGUUCAGCACCCUUGACCUGAAGGCCGGCUACUGGCAGGUGCCCAUACGGCAUGGGGACAGGGAAAAGACGGCCUUCACCAUCCCGGAUGGGUGGAGUUUCCAGUUUAGAGCCAUGCCUUUCGGCCUUAAGUGCGCGCCUGCAACAUUCCAGGAAAUGAUGACACGAGUGCUGGAGGGCUAUUUGGGGCAGUUUGCCAUGGCCUACCUGGACGACGUAAUUGUGUUUUCUGAGACAUGGGAAGACCAUGUCCAACACCUAGCACUCGUCCUGGAGUGGCUGGCCACUCACCACUUAACGGUAGCCUCGCUCAAAUGCCACAUCGGCGCUUCAAAAGUCGAGUUCUUGGGACACGUCGUGGAUGCAGCGGGCAACCGCCCACAGCCCAGCCACCUGCGGAAAAUCGCAGAGGCCGAGGUUCCCCGGACCCGCAAGCAAUUGCAGCGGUUCAUCGGCCUCGUCAACUGGCUGAGGAGUUAUGUGCCGAACUUCUCUUAA